UACCAGCUUUGUGCGCGCGACUCUUUCCGGCCCGACGCAUGUAUAUAUUCCAUUUAUGUUGCGUCGGUGUAGUCUUUGACCGCCCUUGGAAGCUGGAGGCUCUGGUCCACAAGUCAUCCAUUGAAGGUACCGAGGUCAGCCUUCGUCCAGACAUGAGGUUUCUCUCCCUUACAUGUGUCGUUGUGCUCUUGGCCGUCGGUGUGGCCCUGAGCUUCGGAGCCGUGGAGGAAAGCCAGGAGGCACAUCUUCGAGUCCGUCGUGGAACUGGUUGUCCGGACAUACACGCGUGUAUCAGAAGCUGCCAGAGCGAGGGAAAAAGAGGUGGCGUUUGCUUACCGCCUCUUAUUUUCACAUGUGUUUGUUUCUAGAGAAUGACUGUGACCGGCAUUGUUGGUACUCAAGUCUGGCUCAUGGUCUCUGGUCUACAUUCGUCGAGGC